AUGGCGUUUGUGGCCCCAAUCAUAAUGACACCUGCAGAUGCAUCUCUUCUCUUCCAACUGAAGGGACCUCCUAUGAAGUCGAUUAAAUACACCAUUGACAUAAAAAUCAAUGCUACAAGAGACAUUUUGAUAGAGCGCUUGAGGGCUUUGAUUCAUGGACAGAAAUUUCCCACAUGUGUCAAAAAAGGCAUAAAAAUAUCUGGUGUGGACAUCACUACAGCUCCUAUGAAGUCGAUUAAAUACACCAUUGACAUAAAAAUCAAUGCUACAAGAGACGUUGUGAUAGAGCGCUUGAGGGCUUUGAUUCAUGGACAGAAAUUUCCUACAUGUGUCAAAAAAGGCAUAAAAAUAUCUGGUGUGGACAUCACUACAGCUCCACUAAAGACGUUUAAAUACACCAUUGACAUCAAAAUCAAUGCUUCAAGAGACGUUGUGAUAGAGCGCUUGAGGGCUUUGAUUCAUGGACAGAAAUUUCCCACAUGUGUCAAAAAAGGCAUAAAAAUCUCUGGUGUAAACAUCACUACAGCUCCUAUGAAGUCAUUUAAAUACACCUUGGACAUAAAAAUCACUGCUACAACAGAUGUUGUGAUAGAGCGUUUGAGGGCUUUGAUUCAUGGACAGAAUUUCCCCACAUGUGUCAAAAAAGGCAUAGAAAUCUCUGGUGUGGACAUCACUACAGCUCCACUAAAGUCGUUUAAAUACACCAUUGACAUAAAAAUCAAUGCUUCAAGAGAUGUUGUGAUAGAGCGCUUGAGGGCUUUGAUUCAUGGACAGAAAUUCCCCCAAUGUGUCAAAAAAGGCAUAAAAAUCUCUGAUGUGGACAUCACUACAGCUCCUCUGAAGUCGUUUAAAUACUCCAUUGGCAUAAAAAUCAAUGCUUCAAGAGAUGUUGUGGUAGAGCGCUUGAGGGCUUUGAUUCAUGGACAGAAAUUCCCCACAUGUGUCAAAAAAGGCAUAAAGAUCUCUGGUGUGGACAUCACUACAGCUCCACUAAAGUCGUUUAAAUACACCAUUGACAUGAAAAUCAAUGCUUCAAGGGACGUUGUGAUAGAGCGCUUGAGGGCUUUGAUUCAUGGACAGAAAUUUCCCACAUGUGUCAAAAAAGGCAUAAAAAUCUCUGGUGUAAACAUCACUACAGCUCCUCUGAAGUCAUUUAAAUACACCAUUAACAUAAAAAUCAAUGCUUCAAGAGACGUUGUGGUAGAGCUCUUGAGGGCUUUGAUUCAUGGACAGAAAUUCCCCACAUGUGUCAAAAAAGGCAUAAAGAUCUCUGGUGUGGACAUCACUACAGUGUGUCUCUCAGAUGUGAACCAAACCCAGUGUAAGUGUGAGAAUCAGUCAAUCUACCACAACAAAACCACCUCCUACAACAGAGCUAACAACAAAAGCAACAGUGCCUCCAAUGUCAUCAUCACCUCCACCAACAACAACGGUGGCACCAACAACAACACUGGUACCAACUACAACGGCAGCACCAACAAUAACAACACUGGCACCGACAACAACGACGGCGCCAACAACAACAACACUGGCACCAAGAACAACGAUGGCACCAACAACAACAACACUGGCAUCAACAACAAUGGCGGCACCAACAACACCGGCACCAGCAACAAUAUCAAAAACAGUAACAACACAGAAUUCAACAACAACGCCGAAACCAGUAACAACACAGAAUUCAACAACGCAGAAACCAACAACAAUGACAAAAACAAUAACAACACAGAAUUCAACAACAACGCCAAAAACAGUAACAACACAGAAUUCAACAACAACGUCAAAACCAGUAACAACACAGAAUUCAACAACGCAGAAACCAACAACAAUGACAAAAACAAUAACAACACAGAAUUCAACAACAACGCCAAAAACAGUAACAACACAGAAUUCAACAACAACGCCAAAACCAGUAACAACACAGAAUUCAACAACGCAGAAACCAACAACAAUGACAAAAACAAUAACAACACAGAAUUCAUCAACAACACCAAAAACAGUAACAACACAGAAUUCAACAACAAUGCCGAAACCAGUAACAACACAGAAUUCAACAAUGCAGAAACCAACAACAAUGCCAAAAACAGUAACAACACAGAAUUCAACAACGCAGAAACCAACAACAAUGCCAAAAACAAUAACAACACAGAAUUCAACAACAAUGCAAAGAACAGUAACAACACAGAAUUCAACAACAACGCCGAAACCAGUAACAACACAGAAUUCAACAACAAUGCAAAGAACAGUAACAACACAGAAUUCAACAACAACGCCAAAACCAGUAACAACACAGAAUUCAACAACGCAGAAAGCAACAACAAUGCCAAAAACAGUAACAACACAGAAUUCAACAACGCAGAAACCAACAACAAUGCCAAAAACAAUAACAACACAGAAUUCAACAACAAUGCCAAAAAUAGUAACAACACAGAAUUCAACAACAACGCCGAAACCAGUAACAAUACAGAAUUCAACAACAACACCAAAACCAGUAACAACACAGAAUUCAACAACGCAGAAACCAACAACACCAAAAAGACUAACAACAUGGAAAACAACAACAAUGCCAAAAACAGUAAUCACACAAAACUCAACCUUACAGAAACCAACAACACCAAAAAUACUAACAAUGCCGAAACCAACAACAAAGCCAAAAACAUAAAUCGUAAGAUGUCACUGGCAAUCGACGAGACUUACGAUGCAAACCUGAAUAACCAAAACAGUGAAAAAUUCAAGAAAUACAAAGCAGAUAUUGAGAAUGCAAUCAAUAAGAGCUACAACAAUGUAGAAGGUUUCUAUUCUGCUACUGUCACUGGUUUCAGGCCUGGAAGUGUGAUUGUAGACUUCUUGAUUACAUCAUCUGUGGAGAUAAAGACUGAUGAGAGGAUAAGCCAAGCAAUUUCCGACAACAUGAAAGCCCUCAAUUUCAGUGUUGAUCUACUUUCAGUCGCUAAAACUGAUAAUAUAGACAUGCGGAAAAGAGACGCUGUGUUUCCUGAACAAAAUAUGACACUCUCCUGCCCUUACAUCAGCCACUUUGGAAUUAUAGACUGGAGAUUUCAAGGGAAAAAAAUACAGCCAAGAAAUCUUUAUAUUUUCUCACCAGAUUACCUUAACCUAACAGUAAAGAGUGUUACCAUCGCUAAUAAUGGUCGUUAUGAAUGUUUGUACAAUACAAGCACAGGACCACAAAUUUUCUGGGACAGAAUUGACUAUAUUAAGCCAUAUCCUAGUAUGCAAGUGCCUAGUAGCAAGACAUACAAAUGUGAAAAUGGGACCGUGAAACUUGACUGCUGUGUGCAUUCUGAUUACUCAGUACACUGGGAGCAGAGAACAAAAAACAACAAAAUUAAUACACUGACAUGUAUAACACAAGAGUUUAAUAUCACAGCCGAAAGUUCAUGUGCUAUAACUAUCAUAUACACCUGCAAACUGGACAAAAAAGAACUAUAUGGGUUUUCAUAUAGCUCAAAGGAUGUGAAACUGGAUGUUUCCAAACCUACAUUGCAAACCCCAAACAGCCCUGUCACAUGCUACAAUGACAUAUAUGGUUUUGGAGAAGUUGGUGCCAAGGUUAUAGGAGACUGUGGGAAAGAACAUGUUGGCUUUAGAAAAGGAGAAUGUCGUUCUGAUGGCUCUUGGGUAACUAUAAAGGACACCUGUGUGCUUCGUAUCAUUGAUCAACUGCAACAGGAAUCACAGGGUCUAGAUGCUGAAACAUUAACAAAUUUUGUGGAUAAAGUGAACAAUGCCACCAAAGACAAUAAAGGAGCAAUAGUUCAAUCCGAAGCAACAGUUUCAGCAAUGGUGGAAAUACUUAACAAUAUUGCAGAUGUCACUGUAAUGCUGGAUAAAGUUGUGAUAACGAAUUUUCUUAGUAUAGUGGAUGUCAUUUCAUCAGAUACAGCAAAACCUGUAUGGGAACAGCUAAAUUCAAAUGGCGAAAGCCAAGGCAACAGCUCUCAACUCCUGAGUGCCAUUGAAAGUGUUUUAAAAGCGACAUCUGACACCAAUUUCAACAUAACCAGUCCAACCAACUCAUUCCUGUUCAAAAAAGUAACAACAUCCAAAGACUUCAGUGAAGUAUUAAAGCUCAACUCCACUGCUGUAAUAAACAUCUCAGGUAUUGCAUCCAGUAAUAAAAGCGUUACAGUCACAGUUGUGGCCUUCUCCUCCCUGGGCAAUGUUAUGCCUGCAAGAAAUCGUACCGAUGGCUUAAAGACAACUGAAAAUGUCAUCAACGGACUGAUUGUUGUAGUAAAUACAAGCAUACCUAUCAACAACAUACAGCUGAACUUUGAAAAACUCAGAAAUUCAGUAACUCUAAAUAAUAAUUCAAUAAACCUAUUGAACCCCCAGUGUGUUUUCUGGGAAUUCAACCUUUUUAAUAGAACUGGAGGAUGGGACUCAACAGGAUGUGAGGUCACACAAGAAAAAGGCAGUGUCACAUGUCACUGUAAUCACACCACUUCAUUUUCAAUACUGAUGUCCCCUUUUGCUCCUGAUGAUCUAGCUUUGUCUGUCAUUACAUACGUUGGUGUUGCUAUUUCGAUAGGCAGCUUGGUUGUGUGCCUGAUCAUCGAAAUUAUCAUCUGGAAGGAAGUAUCUAGAAACUCUACAUCACAUGUUCGCCAUGUAUCCUUAGUCAAUAUUGCUCUUUCUCUCCUGAUCGCUGACAUAUGCUUCAUUAUCGGUGCUGCUAUCGUAAAGCCUGGAACGGACUAUACUAACUCGUGUAGCACUGCAGUGUUUUUCACCCACUUCUUCUACCUGUCGCUGUUCUUCUGGAUGCUGGUCUCAGCUGUUCUGCUCCUCUACCGUACCACUAUGGUCUUCUCUCAAAUGUCCAAAUCGGUCAUGAUGGCAUUAGCCUUCAUUGUGGGCUAUGGUGCACCUCUCCUCAUCUCGGUUAUUACCGUCGCAUCCACUGCUGGAAAUAAACACUACCUCACACAGAAUGAAGCAUGCUGGCUGAAUUGGGACCAGUCUAAGGCCCUUCUGGCUUUUGUCCUACCAGCUCUGGUCAUUGUGGCUGUCAAUAUGAUUACUGUGAUAAUAGUUGUGGUGAAAAUGAUCAGGAGGGGAAUGGGAGAGAGCAACAGAGAUGAAAAAAACACCUUGGUGGUCAUUCUCAGAUGUGUGGCCAUUUUGACACCCGUCUUCGGCAUCACUUGGGGUCUUGGCUUGGGCAUCAUGAUAGAGCCUAAAGCUUUGGCCAUCCACUACUUGUUCGCAAUCUUCAACUCCUUGCAGGGCUUCUUUAUACUGGUUCUUGGAACACUGAUGGAAAAGAAGGUUCGGGAGACACUUAAAAGAAAAUUGAGAAUCACUAGACUCAUUGGGUCCCAUUCCACACAUACUUCAAGCUCUGGAGCCCGUUCCUACGGCAGAAGCAGUUCUUCAAACAGAACAACUUUUACAGAUGUUUUCAACACCCUCAUGAGAAGAGGGAGGCAUGCUGGGGCAAAUUCCUCACACACCUCUGGAGCAUCAGAUAGUUUUUUAAACGCUUAGCUGGACAGACAGGCGCCUUCAUUUCCUGUCAGAAUGUCUUUGUAAUACUGGUUCCAGUGCCACAGGCACAACUUCAAACUGAAACAUUUUGAUUUCUGUCUAGUACAAUGCUUUUCCAAAUGCUUUUUCACAGUUGAUUACAUCUUGAAUAUUCAGUACUUUUUUUCCUGUUUUCUAUUGGUGAUUCAGAUUGGCCUAUUUAGAUUAAAACAUAUGUUUGUUCCAAA